GGCACAGUCGCCCCAGUCUCUCUCGCUAACCCCCUCCCGCACCAUGGGACAGCCCGAGGGUCUGGAACGGUUCGAUAGCCCAGGGAAAGGCCGGGGAUUGAAGGCGACGCGUUCCUUCGCGCUGGGGGAGCUGCUGUUCUCCUGCCCGGCCUACACCUACGUACUGACUGACAACGAGCGGGGGAACCACUGCGACUUCUGCUUCACCAGGAAGGAAGGUUUGUCGAAAUGCGGCAAGUGCAAGCAAGCCUUUUACUGCAACGUGGACUGCCAGAAAGGAGACUGGCCCAUGCACAAGUUGGAAUGUUCGUCAAUGUGUUCUUAUGGACAGAACUGGUGUCCCUCGGAAACCGUCAGGCUCACGGCGAGGAUACUGGCCAAACAGAAAACCCAGACAGAGAGGACCGCGUCGGAAAGGUUCAUGUCCGUUAAAGAGUUUGAAUCCCACCUCAGCAAGCUUGACAAUGAGAAGAAAGAGUUAAUUGAGAACGACAUUUCUGCCCUUCACCGGUUUUACUCCAAGAAUGUGCACAAUUGCGACAAUGCAGCAUUAGAGUUCCUCUUUGCACAGGUUAACUGCAACGGCUUCACCAUUGAAGAUGAAGAACUCUCCCAUUUGGGAUCCGCUAUAUUUCCAGAUGUUGCACUAAUGAAUCACAGCUGCUGCCCCAACGUCAUUGUCACGUACAAGGGGACGGUGGCAGAAGUCAGAGCCGUGCAAGAGAUCCACGCCGGAGAGGAGGUUUUCACCAGUUACAUCGAUCUGCUCUACCCCACGGAGGAUAGAAACGACAGACUGAAGGAUUCCUAUUUCUUUAGCUGUGACUGCAGAGAGUGCUCCACUAAACAGAAGGAUCCGGCAAAAUUGGAACUCCGAAAACUAAGCGACCCUCCGAGCCCCCAGACUGUACGAGACAUGAUCACAUAUGCACGCAACGUGGUCGAGGAGUUCCGGAGAGCAAAGCACUAUAAGACUCCCAGUGAGCUGCUGGAGAUCUGCGAGCUGAGUCUGGAUAAGAUGGGCUCUGUGUUUGUGGACAGCAAUGUGUACAUGCUGCAUAUGAUGUACCAAGCAAUGGGCGUGUGCCUUUACAUGCAGGACUGGGAAGGGGCCUUAAAGUAUGGAGAGAAGAUUAUCAAACCAUACAGUAAGCACUAUCCUGCAUAUUCCCUUAACGUGGCCUCCAUGUGGCUGAAGUUAGGCCGCUUGUAUAUGGGUCUGGAAAAGAAUACUAUUGGGACAAAGGCUCUGAAGAAGGCCCUGGCUAUAAUGGAAAUAGCCCAUGGCCCCGAUCAUUAUUAUAUAGCUGAGAUCAAAAAGGAACUGGAGCUGUGAGGCACAGAAUCUAUGCACCUCCCUUUGUGUAUGAUUCAGCAAUGGGAAUCCAGCACAUGAUUCACCUCCCCUCCACUGUAAGCUCCUCUGUCUUCCAUGAUGGGCUGAGAAUCAUGGGAGUUUUAGAUCACAGACACCUGAAAACAAAAGGACUACAAGGCUUGAUCUCAUUGCCCUGAUGGUAAUGCUGUGCCUACAGGGGGAUUCAGCCACUUUAGAUGGACUUGAAACUCUUAGAGUUGGAUAAGAAAAGCUGGUGGGCUACAGACUAGGGACGUCCCUAUUGUCCUGCCGCUUUACUCUCUGAAGCCCAAUAUGUGGUGUAUAUAUUUGUACGUCUCCUGUGUUGGCUUGUAAAACUCUUUAAUAUUUCCACUACUGCCUUGGCCUUUAUCAUGAAUUAAAGGGGUCGUUCUGUGUAUUUCUCUGAACUUGACCUUGAGUUCGACCCCCCUUCCCCAGAGGUCCACAAUGGGAUGUACCAGAUUUUUUGAAGAUCUGCCCAUGACACUCAAAUUUACUUAUUUUGGAGCUUGGUUUACGGUUUGAUUGAAACCCUAAAAUGGGUUUACUUUUUAUUUAAUGCUAUGUUUUCGUUGCCCGAGAAUGAAAUGUAUCCAAUGUUUGCCUGCUUAUUUUAGCACCGAGAUUGCUGUUUUACACUGACGUGUGAUAAUAAAGAGAAAAGAAUAACACCAA